UAAUCGAUACUUUCACCGCCGACGGGAAAGUCUGUCCAGAAAAUGUAACCCCGUAUAAACAAUUCGUCGAUCGUCAAUAUUGCUGGCGUUUAUCGUGUCAACAUGUUGGAGGGAGCCGUAGCGCGCGUGCUGAAUCAACUACUCGGCAAAUACGUUGCCGACCUUGACACAGAAAACUUCAACGUCGGCAUAUUUUCGGGCAAGGUGCAGCUGACCGACCUGAAACUCAAACCGGAAGCGCUCUACGAAUUAAAUGUACCCAUAGAAGUGCGAACCGGCACGAUAGGCAAAAUAUGGCUCCAAAUACCAUGGAACGCGCUAUGGACCCAAUCAAUCGUGGUCAACGUCGAGGAUGUGCAUCUGGUCGUCAAUCCCAUCGUCGGCAACGAGCCAUUCGAUGCCGAAAAAAACAAACGACUGCUCAGAGGGUUUAAGAAAAGCGCACUUGGCAGGCUGGAGAACGGUCAUGGAAUUUUGGGAGGUCCAUCAGCAUUUGCGGAGCACCUGCUCACGACGAUCAUCAGUUAUCUCCAGCUGAAUAUAACGAACGUGCAUGUGAGAUACGAGGACGAAUUUAGUUGGCGAUCCCCUAUUUCUGCAGGCCUAUGCAUUGGUUCGAUUACCGCGCAAACCACCAACUCCAAAUGGAAAAGGUCCAGUUAUGACCCAGGAUGCGAUAAAUCUUACUACCAAGUGAAAAUCGAGGCUCUAUCAGUCUAUUGGAAUACCGAAAAAGACUUAAAGAAAUGGAACUUGCCCUCCGAGUACUACCAGUGGAGGAAUUCGAUGGUCAAAAGUCUACAGACGUACUCGCUAGAUGGAGAACCUUUUAGAUUCGUCGUCAAUCCCAUGUUGUCUAAAAUUAGAAUAACUACGACCAAGACGAAGUCGGGCCACGUGUCUGAUAUACAUACAGAAAUUAUAGUUCAAGACUUCAACGCACAAAUCUCAAAAGAGCAAUACGAGUCGGCGUCGUGUGUCGUAGAUUAUUUCAACAGGAUGCUCGUCAGCUGGCAAUUUCUUUCCAAACGACCAGCUGAGAAGGUGAUGGACAAUCUGAAAACAUGGUGGAGAUAUGCUUUAUGGGCCACGUUGGAGCAAAGGGUCAGACCGCUAACUUGGAGUCGUAUGAAAAGGGUCAGGGAACACUACAAACAGUACAUGGAGACAUACAGACAGAUCAUUGCCAAUCCCAAUGACACAGAACUGAAGCUGGACCUACAGAAGCACGAAGACAAUCUUUCACUGAUCAACGUAAUCAUAGCCAGGCAACACACAAGACUUUUGCUGCACUCGAGGAGCGUGGGAGAGAAAAGCCUAUGGUCACUGCUGCCAACUCCCGAAAAGACCGCGCUGUGUGAAAAAAUAGGAUAUCCCAACGGGGUAGAAGGUCGAAUCCAACAAAUAGACCAUCACCACGAGUUCAAACUGGGCAACUUCAAUUUAACCCUAUCCAGCAAGCCGAAGGAAGUUUUGGUCGCGACCAUGACUCAAGCGAUAUUCUCGAUCCGGCCAAAUUUCAGCGACAACACGUAUUCAGCAUCGCUCAAGAUCGAAGGAAUUAUAAUAGAAGGCAACGGACCUGGCGGAAAUAUGAUCUCGAUAAUCUCGUCCGAACAUCUAAAGGACAGUCCAGCCUUUUUUUUCAAAACGAACCUCGAAAAAAUGCGGGAAGGCGGGCGAUUCUCGCAUCGGUUACAAAUGGCCUUGGAUUCUGUCGAGUGCAUCUACAAUAAGCAAGCGUUCGAAGAGCUAGAAGCGUUCCUCCAGGCGACCAGAAGCAAACAGCGCUACAACUUGCUGAAGUAUCUACAAGAGUUGCCGACACUUAUUUACGAGCAACUCAAAAAGAAGAUGAAAGAGAAGUGGGACAUGAAUCUGAAUAUCAAACUUCCCUACAUCGUCGUGCCAGAAUCCAGUUCGUGCGCAGUCUCUGACAAUCUGCUGGUAUUAGACUUGGGCCGCUACACUAUCCGAACUGAUAUUUGCCAGCAUACCAAGGUCUGCGAGAAUUCCACCCAAAUGGAACUGGAGGAGCAAUUUUACUCUAAACUGCUCAUGGACUGCGCGGACUUUCAGAUUUUGUUUUGUGACAAAAACGAUCAUUGGAAAGACGCGAGAAGAGAAAAGGACACGGAAAUGCACGUCAUUGCCAAGACCGCCUUUAGUUCCGUAUACGCUCUGUCUGUAUUGGAUCUGCCAACUCUACCCAAGCUUAAAUUCAACGUCACAUUUAACAUUGUGAAGAUGAACGUUUCCGAGAAAAAACUGGGCCUUUUGCUGAAGUUUUUCGAUAUCGACCAAAUCCGAAUCAACGUGAUUACCGAAGCCAUGCAACCCGAUCAUUUCAUCACCGACACUAUAACCGCGAAGUGGACCACAAAGUAUAUGAGACGAAUACUAAACAACAUCCGAAUAUCGGACCCGUUGAAAUAUAGGAAACACAAGCUCGUUAAUGGUACCGAGCAAGGUUGCGUAAAAACAGACCUCGAAGCUCAGCCUGCUGCGCAGAAUAUGAACGAAGCAUGGGCACGAAUGGUAGACCUUCCCGGUUUGGAGGACAAUAUCUCGCCCUCCAACAACAUUCAAAGUUUAUUCGGAACCGUCAUCAAUGAGUUUAAUGUGGUUUUUUCCAAAUCGAGCGACAGCACAAAUCGCCAGUACCUGAUAUUGAGACUGGGCCGCUUCAAUAUGGACGUCGCUUUCAUGACGUAUGGACCCGCUUACCAAAUGUCGAUCCACAAUGUCCUGUUGACGGACAAGUUGCACACCACACCUAGCGGACAGUACUUGGACCUGAUCUACACCCCCAUGCCCAAUAACGCGGACGUGGUCACUGUACUUUACAGAAAAGUCGGAGCCAACUGUCCGGAUUUCUGGACACAUUUCCACGGCGUGGAGACCUCGUUAGUGGCAAACUUCGGCAGCGUCUACCUGCUGCUUCAUCAGGAAGCGGUACACACUCUUAUAAAGUAUUCGAAGUACCUGACCAAUAAGAUAAAGAACCAAAUGUCUAACACGCUCAAGAAUCUUAUAUCGGGCUUCUUCGGGACAUUCUACCAGAUCCUGCACAAACCCAGUAACGUGCCGGUACCACCCGGAUCGGUCAAGUUUUCGCAAUCGGCCAGACUGACCGACCUAAACGUGACCGUGUGCAAUUCCGAUUUUGACAUCAUCAGCGUACAGUUGUCCGGACUGGAGAUGGAUUUCCUUUUCAGAGCCAACGAGCGAUUCGUAUUCAGAUCCUUUCUGAGCAGCAUCAACGUUGACCACAUGUCUCAGUUGACGUUGUACUCUCGGGUUCUCUACACCGACGAAGACAAAGUCUUCGAAGUGAAAUACGUUCGAAACGCGCAGCAUAUACGGACAGCGGAAACGAUCGACAAAAAUGCAGAGGAGCAUCCGUUGGACGGUAGCUUUAAGUUUCAGCUGGGCCGCAUCAAUUGCAUAUUUUUAUACAAGCUGAUGGUGCAGCUGCAGAGGUUCGUAAUUAAUCUCGAGGCGCUGGAUUUUAUGGAAAAGUAUGCGAAGGUGUUGCGGCGAACAGUGAAAGCUGCCACCGACACGUUGAAGAAUAAAACCAAGAUCAGCCUUUCGAUCAACGUAUGCGGGCCCGUUUUGCUAAUACCUCAAAAAUCCUCGUCGCCGAACGUCUUGGUGAUCGACACUGGUAACCUGCGCAUGGAGAACUUUUUUAAAGAAACUGACGGACAAUUAGUGGAGAACGUCCUAGUAAAACUGAAAGACGUGCUCAUCACGAGGGGAGUGAUGACGUUGAACAGUACAUUGGAGAUGCAGGAAACGCUGAUAGAGCCGCUGUGCCUCAAUAUGGACAUCAAAAAGUACACGAACACAAAUACAGCACAAAAAACUUGGGACGUGGACGGGGUGAUGGAAAAAGUAGAAGUGACGUUGGGUCAAAAGGAUUUGUCGAUGAUGAUGGCCAUUUACACGGAGAACAUCGGCGAAGCCAACAUUGUGGACCUCUUCCCCGAACAGGCCCCUUCGCCGAUGGUUGAGAUAAUGGAACUCGACAGCAAUGUGCGUGAUUUGGAAGCGUUCUUCUGUGAGCCGAAGCAAAAAUACUUGGUGGCUAGGUGCAAAAUAGACGAGGUCAAGAUCAUACUGUUUUUCGACGCUGGCGAACUGCUGAGUUCACCGAUCAGGGACCUUAAUCACGGAUUGUGCAAGCUUGAAAUUAUCGACAUAGACGCGUCCGUCGUGGCUUAUACGGAAGAAAGCCUAGACGGUAAACUGUCCGUAGACAAGAUUUCUAUCGAAGAGAUCGGUCCAGAUGCCAAUAUCCACAACAAAAUAGUAUUAAGUUCGCCUGCGGAAGACGGUCGCAAUAACAACAUCUGCAACAUCACCGUCAACAAACCUCCAAUAGUAGACGUCACGUUCCACCAAAACAAAAGUGGUGACCGGUCGAUCGACGUCAUUGUGGGCCGAAUGUGCCUCUCUCUCUCGAUUCCUUUUUGCGAGAAAGUGGCCCUCUACGUUCUGGAAUGUUUUGCCAAGGAUUCCCAGGAGAAAGGAAUAAUAAAUAAGGGUUACGAGGGCGACACUCACUGCUUCUCCCCCACAAAGGGCUGCUCGGGAAGUCUGACAUUGUCGGUGAGGGUGAACAAACCAGAACUGAUGUUCCUGGUCGAGACCACGUCAAACAAAAAGAGAUAUUUCGUCACCAAGAGCGAGAUAAUGAUAGACUUGUCGCGACACAGCAACCGAGAAAACUUGGUGAUGUCGUUUUCGGGCUUGCACACCCUGUUUUAUGACCUUAACGAGUACUCCGAUCAACCCUAUGUUACUCUUAAGCACUGCGACGUGGAAGUGAGCAAAUGCAUUGAAGAGGACAACCAGAAAAUCACCCUAUCGAUAUCGGGCGUCUACGUGAAACUGGCCAGCGAGAUCAUACAUUCAAUAAACGACAUCCUAAACGACAUAGUCGAACACUUUAAAAUACCGGAAGUAGAGGUUGACAGGACUGAGAGGCGUGAAAAGAGUCAAGCUGGGAAAGAAUUCGACGAUCUGUGGGAGCCAAAAAAAAUAGAACCAUAUAUAAACAAGUCUGUUUCCACUCACCAAGGGGAAGAAGCAGACCGUAAAUCGGCAGGCCAACAAUCUCUGAUCAUACCAAAAUUCGAAGGGGUAGUUAUCUUCGAACUGGACGACGUUCAAAUAUUCCUAUUCAAAACCACCAUGGAAUUGAGCAUAUUCGACUGGAACAGCCUGGUGCAUUGUACCAGCGAGAUCUCGCUGCAAGCCAACUAUUUUAACGAAAACGUCCAGAGUUGGGAACCCCUAAUAGACCCGGUAGUCACCGAUGAAAAACGGUACCGUCCUUGGGAGUGCCAAGUCAAAAUUUUCCAGGACAAAUCUAUGCCGAUCAACGACAUCGUCGGUGAAAAAGUGUACGCGAAAUCGUCCUCGUCGUCGAUAUCGAAAGCUCAGAAAGCUUCACGAUCGUAUACGACGACGGAAGACGAGGAUUCUGGAGAAGAUAUGAUGUACUUGGAGCCUGUCAAUUCAACCAAUUUCGGUAACAAUAGACGCGUGAAGACAAGUUUGAGCACGUUCCUAGACGAUUCAGAUUCGGAGAACGACGAAGACGCUUUGGAGAAGCUAGCUGCGGCCAUAACGGACUUAUUUACAGGCGACUGGAAUGAACAUGAAGACAGCGAAGCUGACCAUUCGAGCGAUGACGAGAACGAAGUGACCGAAUGUUCCAAGGUCAAGGAACAAAUGGAAGUUUCAUCCAGAAAAUGCCUCUACGUUCUAAUAAAUGCCAAAGACCAUUUGAAUAUAACGAUCACCCCAGCUUGUUUCAAGGUGUUCAACGAAGCGAUGUCACAAUACUCGAGCAAAAUCAUCUCGGUGAAAUUCGAUACGAAAUCCAUCAGCGUCAUUAACGACAUAGGACCGCAAACCAGGGUGGAGCUGUACGAGAAAGGGGAUAAAGUUCGCAAAGACCUCUUGGUCGUAUCGAAAAAGUUCGAAAACGAAGAAUCCGCGCCAAACAGUCCGACGAGGAACUUUGAUUGCAUCGAAAACGUUGUCGUGGACAGGUACGAAGAAGAAACGAAAGAAAAGUAUCGAAUUUCGUACGCCAUAUUUUCCAGACAUCUGAAGCAAGACGUGGAGCAAGCCUACGACUUUCCAACGAUCAGAAGCCUCAAAUUCCCACCGCAGAGUACGGCCGAGUUGUACGACAAAAUCAACCGGCACUUCGUCAGGAUAUUCGUGCCGGGUUUCACCCCCGUGCAAACGAACUGCUCCAAACGCAAUUGGGAAAAACUUGUGAAACUUCAAAAUCCGGCAAACUCGGUCAGUUAUUAUUUGGCAGUGAAGCACAGUAUCGACAGACUCGGCAGGAAUUUCGUAAUUGGUUCGCCGCUGCAGAUAAAAAACGAAACGUGUCUCGCGCUGAGCAUCCUCUACCAACCCUCCAUACUGCAACAGAUGAACCUGGAACCCGUAGGUGAAGUAACCAACCCGUUCGAAACUACGAUGCGUAUCGCCGUCAUCGAAGCGCACGAAGUUUACAACGUACCCCUGUACAUCGCUUACCAUUGCAAACUUUUCAUACAGCCCGCGCACGCUGAGGGACGCUACGUGCCGGAUUCGUCCGGGGUGUGGUGGCGCGACAUGGCCAAUGAAAUGGACACCGCCUAUAACCUGGUAUGUCGUCCCAAAAAACAAACGGACCUGGAGCCGUUCGCGCUUAGGGUGGCGCUACGCAAAAACGUCGAAACCAUCAACUCGCAUGCGCACUCCGUGCCCAAUUAUGUAGUUCGGCUGCUGCCGCCAUUGGUGGUGCACAAUUUUCUACCCUACACUUUGGAAGUCGAAAAUGUGGCCUUGAGACAGGCGGUCAAAGCGGAGCCGGGAGAAAAUUGCAGCGUAUACUCCCUGGAUUUAUCCGUGGACCAUAAACUAGCUAUCAAAAUCACGUAUGACUCGCUAGCUUGGACCGGUCACAUGACCGUCACCGGCCAUUUGGACGAAAAGAUCGUCCUGAUGAUAUCUGACCAAAAAGACGAAAUCAGAGAUCUGAGUGUGAACGUCAAAUGCGAGAGAGAGGGAAGCUUCAAUUUGAUCUUCUACGCGCCAUAUUGGAUUGUCAACAAGACAGGACUACCGCUUAAGAUAAAGGCGUCGUCUUCCCAUUCGAUCCACGAAUGUCCGAACGACGACAUCUUAUUGUUCACCUACAAAAGGCACUGCAAACAGACCCUCAACGUCCGAGUGUACGAGUCCAAUUGGUCCAACGAUUUCGGCGUGGAAUGCUCGGGAACCACGGGCUUGAUCGUGUGCAAAGACAACGAAAGGAAGAAAAAGUACUUGUUCUUCCUUAACACGUCGCUGUCUACGUUCUGCCCUAGACUAACUAAGAUCAUCACCAUCCUGCCCAGUUUUCUGGUCAUCAACAAUACGGACAGAGCGCUGAGGUUCAUGGAGUAUAACGAGAGAACCGACCUCUGGAUCGAUCUGGAGGUCAAUCAAACGCUGGUAUUCUGGCCCGAAACGUCAUCGAUGCAGAUCCACGUGAAAUAUAAAGAAAGCAAGGUCAUUUCCCAACCGUUUUUCGUCUCCUGUCAUCACAAGACCGUCCUGCGCAUGGACAAAGGGACGGCCAUUACUGUGGACGUGACGGGCGGUGUAGACGGUCCGUUUCGAGUGACUUUCAAGCCAUAUCGCAGAGGCGACGCCCCGGUGUUAAUAAAAAACUACUGCGCCGACGUUUUCUUGAAAAUACAACAACAGGAUCAAAGUCCGGUUACGCUGAUGAGCCCAAACAACUCCCUCUUGUACACGUGGGAUGAUCCCAGCCGGCCCAGGCACCUCUCGUGGAACGUUUAUAAUAACAAAGGUUCCGGUUUCUUGCUAGAUAUCACCAAGAAUAGCUACGGCGAGGAGAAGAUCAAGUUCCAUUCGGUAACCCCGACGACGGGCAGACAAGAAUCGUCUUCCAGCGAAGAUGACUCCGACAGCUCCAACAGCACACCUAAAGCGCUGAACAAGAAAAUCCGCCGGGACAAGAUCAUCAUCUAUUGGGCGUCAUUUAAAGAAGGCCGGCAACAAAUUUUAUUAUUCACGCAGGAGCAGCGCAUCUUCGACAACAUACUCGAGACCAGGUUCCACGAGCAAAGUCAUUUGGAGACGGUACUGUCACUGGCAGGAGUUGAAUUGUCGGUGUUCACUUCCGAGGCGGAUAAAAAGGAACACGUACACGCUUGUCUGGCAGAUACGCCAGCCGUUUGGGAAGUGAACGUAGGUCAGAAAUGGAAGACGCUUACGUUGGAACUCGCCUCGUGGAUAGAGGACAAGUACAGACGAUCGGCGACGCACAAAAAAUGUCAGAUCAAAGACUACGUCCACAUAGAUUUUGAAAAGAUGUUCAUGCUAAAGCCCUUCUUCGCGGAAAUGCGUAGGACCUAUGCUCCGGCACUAUUUUGCCAUUUCAGAAAGUCCUCCCGAUUUCAGUACGUCGACUUUCGCGUGGAAACGGCUCAAAUUGACAACAAACAUAGCAACUGUAUAGUGCUACAGCCGGUGCAAAAUUUUUCUGCCCCAGAGAGACACAACGCGUUUGCCAAGGUGUCAAUCGCUAGGCAAGUGGAUGAAGACUUCGAUAGUUACCGGUAUAUCAAAAUCGACAUCAGUAACGCGUCCGUCAACGUCGAGAACGAUCUCUGGACCAAAAUUGUAGAGCUGUGGAAACUCAACAAGAAAUUGGGCGAAACCUACAGUCACCCAUUUGCUUACGUAUCUGACAUAACGUCCAUUAGGAAGUCGCUAACUGCUACAAAACCUAAGACGAGUCCAAUAUGCUGCCGAAUUGAACAUCUGUACUUGUCCGGCUUCGGUUUGCAACUGAACAUCUCCAAUCGAGUCCAGAUGGCUCUGCUGAGCGACGGGACGUCGUUGAAUCGAGGUCUCGACCACUUGUUUCCUUACAACAUGGCGCCUUACAUGCCCCUGGAAGGGGUUCACCAUAAGAUCGCGUCAGUUGAGUGGGUAAACCUCGACAUCGACGUGGCUGAUGCCCUUGGGCAGCUAGCCGAACAAGUAGCCGGCCAAUUUCUCCAGCAGUACUACUCGACAGUUCUAGGGCUGCAGGUGUUGAUGAAUACCUUCGCAAUUCAACCGGCAAUUGAGGUAGGUCACAUAACGCCGCAAAAGAACGCCGAAACUGUGUCGUACGGCUGCAAGUGCGUGCUGGGACACGUCAGCAUGUCGCCAGCCGCGAUGGAAACCUGCAUCAUGGACAUAUUUCCCUCUUUGAAUCUAGAUAAUCUUCAGACGCGGCCUAAGCGGAAAGCCUCCGGCGAAUUGAGUAAUAACGAGUUGCUCAAAAUGGUCACCGCUUCCGGUAAGAACUUCAACGUCAGCGUGCCCGUCGCUUUAGCGCAGCUCAUCGUCAAGAAUCACAACGUCAGUAUACAAUCCGACGGCGAGAUGUUUUUCAAAACUACCGGCAAAGCGCUGUUCUCUCUAAUAUCGCGCCACCCGGACGAAAAAACGGACCACGUGGAGUUGGCUAGGGAAGCACUCAGACGGGCAUCAAUUUUAGGCGAACCCAUCAGGAUCCAUCAAAGGCUGACCAGAUACAGGAAUACCAUUCUGGGUCUGACGCCAUUUUCGGCGUACGAGUCGAUGGGAGAGUACCUCUUAGAAACGGUGGGCAAUUCGCGUUUCUCCGUCGAUACUUACUGGACCCACAUUGCUUUAGAACGGACAUGCAAUUCGAUCAUCCUCGUCUCGUUAGGACACGUAAUACGAAUCAACAAGCAUUCACUUUGGGGCCCGUGGGAGGUGGAAUGGGCCGUCGAACUGGACAAUAUCAUUUCUCUUCCCAAAAUUGACUGCGUGGAACUCACGUUAAACAUGCGUCCGAAUGACAGUUCGACGAAGGAAUGUCAGAUCAAAAUAUCGGGUCCAAAAAAUCUGCUGGCCUGGCUGCACGAAAAAAUCGAACAGGCGAUAAUCGUGAGCAUGGAACAGAAAUCGUGGCCGCUUACCGAUCCCCAAUAAAACCCUUACGUAUCGUUGUUGAAUGUAACUACUAUAUACUUAAUGUAAAAAUCCUGCAAAUAAAAAAAAAUCCCUAU